GUCGGCAACAGUCAAUCCUUAGACAUGUUUGUUACAACACUCGUAGUACUUGGGUCCCUUUUAGGACUCCUCUAUUUAUACUUGAAGAAAAGAAAUGAAUACUGGAAGUCCAGAGGCCUCGUUACCCCCAAGCCUUUGCCGCUUCUCGGUAACUAUGGGGAUUUCAUUCGACUGAAAAAAAACCUUCCUGAUACUGUAAAUGAAAUUUGCAAACAGUUUCCUAAAGAGCCUAUCGUCGGUGCGUACUACGGUACGGAGCCGGUUGUCAUCGUCAAGGAUCCUGAGCUCUUAAAACUCGUCAUCACCAAGGACUUCUACUACUUCAGCAGCCGAGAUCUCUCGGCACAUUCAGAAAGGGAAAUGGUAACCAGAAAUGUGUUCCGAGAACAUGGGAAUACCUGGCGCGUCAUGCGGCAAAACCUCACCCCGGUGUUCACUUCAACAAAGAUGAAGAAAAUGUUCUACUUAAUUCAAGAACGCACGCAGGACUUUGAGAUAUUCUUGGCUAGAGAAAUCGAUGCUAAACCAACACACGAAGUCAGGAGCUUCAUGGGGAAAUAUACCAUGGAUUGCAUAGGAUCAUGUGUCUUUGGCCUUGAAACUAAAGUCAUGCAAGAGAAGAGCGACAGUCCUUUCGUUGCUAUAAGCGAGAAAAUCUUCGACUUAGGCGCUCCCAGGGUUUUUAGGAAUAUCAUUAGAACUAUCUGGCCGAACAUUUUCUAUGGAUUAGGCAUGAGGGUCUACGAUAAGAAAGUUAAUGACUUUUUCAACAACCUUAUCGUAGGUGUCUUCUCUGGUCGUAACCAUACUCCGAGUUCAAGGCACGACUUCAUCGAUUUCAUUCUUGGAUUCAAGAAAGAUAAGUACAUUACAGGUGAUGAUAUAAAAAGUCUGAAAAAUGGAAGCGAUAGCGAUGCAAGAGAGAAAGUGAAGUUAGACAUUAAUGAUGAGUUGUUAGUGGCGCAAACGAUAGUAUUCUUUGCGGCUGGAUUUGAGACGUCAGCGACGACUAUGAGCUUCACUUUGUUUGAGAUGUCCAAAAACCCUGACGUUCUGAAGUGUGUAUUAGACGAAGUGGACGAGUAUUUGGCGAAGACAGGAGGAAAGGUCACGUAUGAAUGUGUCACCGAUUUACCUUAUUUGGAAGCUUGCGUGGACGAAGCUCUUCGCCUAUACCCGGUACUAGGAGUCCUGACUCGCGAGGUGGUGGAGGACUAUCACAUGCCAUCAGGUCUACUGCUGAAGAAGGCCACGCGCGUGCACAUACCGGUGCAGUACCUGCACAUGCACCCGGACUACUUCCCAGAGCCUAAGAAGUUCCGACCCGAGCGGUUCUUGGGAGUCGUCAAGGAUAACAUCAAGCGUUACACGUACUACCCGUUCGGAGAUGGACCUAGGAUGUGUAUAGGCAUACGUUUCGCGAAGAUGCAGAUGCUGGCUGGGCUGGUCACGUUGCUCCGCCACUACACCGUGGAACUGCCCCCACACGUGCCCAGGAAGGUCGAAUUCGAUCCUCUGGCCUUCACGCUGCAAUCCAAACAUAAGAUCGAGCUGAAUUUUUUGCCGCGAGCUAAAGUUUCUAGUCAAUAACAAUUAAUCAACUCUUCCAAAUGGAAUGCAUUUUUAGGGUUCCGUACCUCA